AUGCGUCCCACAGCGUCUCCUAGCGACCAGUACGCUGCUAAACGCGUGCAUACGCAAUUGCGUGAUUGCGUCCAGGGAGCUAGAGGAAGAUGGAAGUUUGGCUGCCUCUCCUUCCAGCAGCCUUUUACUGGUUUUGUGUUUGGUGGAGUCAAGAACCUGGACACACGUUGGCGACCCCUGCUGAGGAGCCAUCAGAACUGUACCAUUGCCACUCACAUUGCUCACAGAGACUGGGAAGAUGAUUCCUGGUGGGAGCUGCUGGUGGAGAGGCUGGGGAUGAACCCUGAACAGAUUCCAACCUUGCUCCAGGAAGGGGAAAUGUGUGGCCAAGGUGUGGUAGCGGGUAAUGUCUCUCUCUUUUGUGACAUUGGGGGAACUAGACAAUGUCUGGAAAACUUAUCUCCUGACCAGGCCGAGGAAGAGGAAAAGCAAGCUGUACUGACCUACCUGAAGCACAAGUACCAGAUCGUGAUUUCCAACCCCAUGUGUUUACUGGAGCCCUUACCUAGGAAAAAGGUAGACAUAUUUCAGGUAGACAUCCUCAUACACUUGAUCCCUUUGGGCUGUGAAACACAAUUUGUCUGGAUCUUGGAAGACAGCAUUGCUUCAAACAAACCAAAUCAUGAAGUGAUGAGGUCACAAGAAGUGACCAUCUUUGUGCAUUUCUUCUUGAGGCUUCUUGCUAAGAUCACUUAUGUCUACUAUUUCCUCUAA